CCGGAAGAUAUUAUAAAAACUUUCAUAAUUAUAACAGCCAAUUUACGUGACCAACACCUUUCUAGUGUGUGGGACAAGCCCUUGUACACGAAAAAUACCAUGCAGGGUGACACAUGACUCGCGUAACCCUGAUGUAGAACCAAUCCGUCAUCAGUAUCGUUACGCCAGUGAGAGAACUUCCCUUAUUUUAAGGAAUUCACUGACGUAUUAAGGUAUACUCACCUACCGACUUAUAUUGAAAGAUACACCCGGGAAGUGCCAUUUAUCAUCAAGGACUUUCUGUAGUAGACACGAUAUCAAGGAACUUGUCUGGACUAUACAUUGUGACACAAAAUAGUGCAUAUUAUUUUUGUUUUUACUGAAAACUAAUUAUACAAGAUGAAUGUUCUUACGGUUACUGUAAUUGUUGCUAUUUGCAACUUUAAUACUAUAAUUGGACAGUUUCUUCCGGCCGGACAAGGAGGAUUUCCAGUAGGUUUUCCUCCAAAUGCAGGUCCUAACCAAGGGUUUCCGCCAAAUAAUCAAGGAUUCCCCCCAAACGGACCAAAUGUUUUACCAAAUGCUGGAGGUUUUCCUGCAAAUAAUGCUCCAGGAUUUUUCCCCAAUGGACCGAACAAUGCAGUGAGACCAGGCGGAUUUCCCUUUGGACCUGGUAGAAGACCAACAACGGGAACAGUGGUGUCAGGAAAUAAUUUUAUUUAUGGAACCUGUUACUUCAACGAGACUGGUUCGAAUGUCAGAGGCCGUGUGGAUAUUAGACAACUGGUAACAGGUGGUCCCUGUCAGGUGCGUGUUCAGGUCGUUGGUCUCCCCCCAAGUCUAAUGAGCGACACAGAACAUGGAAUUCACGUACAUGAAUAUGGCGAUCUCGGUAGAGGAUGUUACGCCGCUGGACCUCACUAUGAUUCAGACUCUUUUUCAUUCCACGGAUCUCCCAAUAAUCUUGGAACUGGAAAUAGUCACGAAGGUGAUAUGGGAAAUCUGCGACAAUCAAACGCCGGUGUCAUAGAUGCUCAGCUGACAUUGCCACUGAUGACUUUAGCCGGGGACUUGGGGAUUGUUGGUCGAGCCAUCGUGUUACACGAGGGUCGGGAUGAUUUAGGAAGAGGUGGAAAUCCCAUGAGUCUACAGACCGGAAAUGCAGGUGCCCCCAUCGCCUGUUGCACCAUAGGAUUAUCCGAUGCAUCAAACUGGAACAACCCCUUCAUCCCAAGAUCUAACAUUCAAAACACAGCUGGAGCAAAUCAGUUCUCAAGGUCAAAUACACAAAACAUGCAGUUUAAUCCAAGUCCCAGGGGACAGCAGGGAACCAUCCAAGGAAACACGCAAAACCAGGGAUUUCCCGGUAAUUUCCAAGGGAAGUAAAUUAUACAAGUUUUGGCUGACGGAAGAUCAUUAACAUAAAAAGUUUUGCCAGAACAAGAAAGUUUGUGAUUUGAGGUAAUUCAAAUCAACGGACAUUUACAUUUAAUGUGAUAUGUGCAAUUAAAUUAAUUUUAUGGUGCGUGUGAUGGUGUGAUGAUUUUUUGUGUGACCAAAUAUUGACUUGGAGAGAGAGAAAGAGAGAGAGAGAGAGGGUGAGAGUAAUAAUUAUAUUGCUGUUGAUGCUUUUAACCAUGUUUUUAUACUAUUAAUUAAUAAA